CCCAAACUUCCGGGGAGGUGGCUGUUCUUCAGGAAAGGUGAAACACCGCCGCAACUAACUAAAGUUGCCCAAACUCUGGAAGAACAGGCUUUACCGAGAGGGAAAAAAGUGAAAGGGGCUUCCCGCCGCGCUCCUUUCUCCGUCUCUCCGCGCGCUUCCCCGCCGAAGUCGAGCGCACCAGCCCGAGCGGACCCGCACUUGCUCUGCUCGAAACCACGCUCCCCCUCCCUCCUGUCCGCGCCUGGAGUCCGGCCGCCAAGUGGAGCGAGUUAAUCGCAGCUCCCGAAGACGGAGGCGACCCAAAUCUCGUCAUGUUCCGCCAAAUGCUGUCGGGCCGGCUGCCGCCCCGAAUGUUGCCCCUCGUGGCCGCAGCCCUCCUCGAAGGGAAGGAAAGGAAAGAAACUGGCUUCUAUCACUGGCGGCGUGAAAAGCACCCUUAUUACAAUCUCACUGUAAAAGUCCUGAGAGCCAGGAACAUUAAAGGAACAGAUUUAUUGUCCAAAGCUGAUUGUUACGUGGAAUUGCGUCUGCCAACUGCAUCACCUGUUGUUUAUCAAACUCGAGUUAUUGACAACUCCAGCAAUCCGGAAUGGAAUGAAACUUUUCAGUACAGGAUACACGAUGCAAUCAAAAACACGCUUGAACUGACUCUGUUUGAUGAAGAUGUUCUUAUAAGUGAUGAGCUUACUUCUGUCGUGUUUGAUGUUACAGGGAUUCAGGCCGGCCAUUCAUUGAAAAACACUUUCAAGCUAAAAGAAGAUAAGGAAGAAUUGGAUGUAGAAUUUUUUAUUGAGAAAAGUUCUGAUCCUCCCGGUGAAAUUAUCACAAAUGGAAUCCUGGUGGCUUAUCCUUGCCUUUACUUGCAAGGGACAAUUAACAAUGAUCAAAAUACAAAGAUGAGAGAACAAGAAAGCAGUCAGUUCAGGCUUUCACUUCCUGGAUCUUAUGAGAAACAGUUAAGUGAGCCAUGCAAGUCAAACCCCGAUCAGGCCCGUGGGACCCCAUUUGUCUUUCACAUAGGCAAACAGAUGUGCCCAGAAAUGAGUGUGGAGCUGGAAAGAACUAUUACAGUCUUUCAGGUGAGAAAUGGAUUGCACAUUCAGCUUUUACAAUGCUUACAAAUAUGCUGUCCAUAUGAAAUAUGCUGUGUCUGUUUUCAGGACGGAGUGAGUCCUGAAUUGGAAGAACACAGUACUGUUCUUGGAUCAGGGACUAUUCCUUUGAAUUUACUACCUCUGGGAAAGGAAGUUGAUAUAACUGUGCCACUUGGAAAGGGACUAAGUGUGGAUAUAAAGGUGAAAGCUGAAGAAAUCACACAAGAUCUUGAUGUACGUCUUGGUUUUGAUCUCUGUAAAGAAGAGCGAGAAUUUUUGGAAAAAAGAAAGAAAAUUGUAUCUAAGGCACUAAAGAGCAUACUCAAAUUGAGAGAGGACCUCAGUAAUAAUGAGGUGCCUGUUGUAGCAGUCCUAGGAUCUGGGGGAGGGAUAAGAGCACUGUCAUCAUUUUAUGGAAGUUUGCUUGGUCUUCAGCAGCUAAAUCUUCUGGAUUCUAUUACAUAUCUUUCUGGAAUUUCUGGUUCUACAUGGUGUUUAUCAGUAUUGUAUCAAGACCAUGAAUGGUCACAGAAGGACCUGAAGGAUCCAAUCAGCAAUGCGCAGGAUAAAAUAUCCAGCAGUAAAGUAGCAGCUUUCUCCUCAGAACAUAUGAAGUACUAUUUCCAGGAACUGAAUGCUAUGGAAAAUGCUGGGCGGAAAGUAUCUUUCACCGAUCUGUGGGGCCUUAUUGUUGAGUACUUCCUGCAACAGAAGGAAGACCAGUCAAAAUUGUCUGACCAACAGGAAGCUGUGAAAUAUGGACAGAAUCCCUACCCAAUCUACGCAGCUGUUAAUGUGAGGCCCAAUGUUCGUGGUGAUGACUUUGCAGAGUGGUGUGAGUUCACACCCUAUGAAGUUGGAUUCCGCAAAUAUGGUGCUUUUAUUCGAACAGAAGAUUUUGAUAGUGAGUUUUUCAUGGGACGAUUGAUUAAGAAGCAUCCUGAGCCCAGGAUCUGCUAUUUGCAGGGGAUGUGGGGAAGUGCCUUUGCUGCUAGUCUGGACGAUGUCUGUCUGAAGGUAGUUGGCUCAGGAUUCAGCUUUCUGGAAUCAUUGGGAGAUGUAAUCAAAGUAAUUGAUGACAGUCGACGAUUCCAUUUCCGGGAUCCUAUGAGGUUGAAGACACGUCUGGUUAUACCAGGUGGACCCUUACUACAGAUUUUCCAGGACUUCUUCAAGUCUCGUGUAACUGCUGGUGAAACAUUUAAUUUCAUGCAAGGCUUAUAUCUCCACAGAGAUUAUAUCAGUUUCAAAAAGUUUGUCAUCUCAAAAGAAACACACUUAGAUGCUUUUCCUAACAUGUUGACUCCGAUGGAAGAGAAUCUUUACUUAGUAGAUGGUGGCUUUUCUAUAAAUUCUCCCUUUCCAUUGCUAAUUCAGCCAGAAAGAGAUGUUGAUGUGAUUUUAUCAUUUAAUUAUUCUUGGGAAGCACCAUUUGAGAUCUUGGAGUUAACUGAAAAAUACUGUAGAGAACGAGACAUUCCUUUCCCACAAAUAAUUUUUAAUAAAGAAGAUGAAGAAAGUCCUAAGGAAUGUUAUAUGUUUAUGGAUGCUGAGAACCCAAAGGCUCCCAUAGUCCUUCAUUUCCCUCUGGUUAAUGAUACAUUCCGUAAAUAUAAAAUGCCAGGAAUAGAACGUGAAUCAGAAGAGGAUAAGACUUUUGCUGAUUUUCAAAUUGAAGGAAAAGAUUCACCAUACAGGACAUUUAACUUUACCUACACAGCUGAUGAAUUUGACAGACUAGUACAAUUGAAUUGCUAUAAUGUCCUUAAUAACAUGGAUGCUAUUUUGAAAGCAUUACGACUGGGUUUAAGCAAACGAAAGGAAAAAGCAGGACCCAAGUGCUUCCUUGAAAACUUAUUAUGAAGGAAUUUCAGUUUUUUAUGGAAGAUUUCAGAAGGCCUAACAAACUUAUAAAAUAUCCUUUUAAGGAAAUUACAGAUUUAUUUAUUCCUUUGGAGUAAGAGGUCCUUUUAUAUAUUUAAGAAAAUCCAGAGACAUAUUAUGUCAGUUGCAGCUAAUUAUUGGGUAGAUGCACCCAAUUAUUCAGCCAUAGUUUAUUUUAAAGUCUCCUAGAAUUAAGUUAUUUCUUUACUGGUGUGAUCUAUAGAGUUUUAUUUUCUAAUGAAUUGGUAGUUAAACACUAAUGAAAAAGUUUCUAGUUUCCUGAACUUCCCAUGAUCAAAAUGUGAAGAAAACUAGGUGCUGAAUUAAAUUUAUUUUUGAUUUUAUAAAUGAAACGGGUUCUUCCAAAAGAUAUCCUUCCCCUCCUCGCAAGAUGGCAAAGACAGUCUCCUAGCUGAACUUUGCAACUUACAUUUUUUAAUUAAGAAAAGAGUAGAAUUUUAUUUUGAUUUAUUUAUCUCAGAAAUUAUUACUUUCAAGGAAUUAUUUCGGUAUUAAGCUUUAUUUACAAAAAAUUAGCUCUCAGUGCCCACUCUUACACAGGCAGACAUCUCCUGAGACAAUAAUAUGACAUGGGGCACGGAGAGAAGAAAGGUUUGCAGUCUAAUUCUCAACAAAGCAACCUAAGGAAAGCUUUGAAAAAGUCAUAAAUUGAUUUGGUUCCAGAACAGGACUGGGUGCCAGUAAAGACAAAGAGAAAAUGGAUUGGCAAGACCCAAUUUGGAAAACAUAAAGGCUGUGCUGAAGAUUGCAUGCAUUUCUGUUAUUUUUCCUGUGGGGGGGAAAAGUAAUUCUUUAGUAGGAAGAAUUUGAAUUAUAUGCUUUACUCUUUAUUAUAUAUUUUGUUUAAGGCAAUUUUAAUGGUUAGCAAAUCCUGUGUAACCACGAACAAUCAAAUUAUGGUUGUGAUUUGUGGUGAUGUUAUUUAUGUCAGAUUAAGGAGUACAAUUAGUACUUUUUGAAGAUUGAAAUCAUUAAAGAAGCAUUCAUCCUAUCAAGUGUAACUUUACAGAUGGUUAUUUUAAGCAAUUCAUUGAUUCUUAAGCCAUUGGGAGAGAAAUCUUAACACUUUUCUUGAAAUUACAGGAAUUGACAAUUUUGCUUUUCAUAAGAAGCCUUAUUUCAUGUUUUCCACAAAGAUUUACUCAUUUUGUUACAAAAACAGUACUUUUUCUACAUAAUAAAAUUAUUUUUUUAAUGUGCCAA